AUGGACAUGGGACAUCGUGCAAACCAUUAUGAUGGGGGUCGCAAAGGAAUUAGACAAAGCUUGGAAAUUUUGGUAAAAGAAGAUAAACAUAAGAAAGAGGUUUCACUUUUUUCUGUCAACCGCAAUCAUGUGGAUUAUACUUCCUUCAAGCUAGAGAAGCGGAAAGUGGAGAAAAAUGAGCAACGCACUUAUCCUGUAGCCAGUGAAGGACGAUUGAAUAAAAUACUGGAAGUGGCAGAGAUCUAUAAACCUAGUGUGCAUGUCAAACCUGUUUUCGCUUCUGUUGGAGCUGAUGUGGGGGAUAUCUUCAGUGCCUCAGAAGCCACUGAAAUUGUCUUCAGGUACAUUGAGAAGGAAAACCUGGUUAAACCUACAGUCAAGUCUCUUGUGGUUUUAGAUGCAACUCUAUGCGAUGCUCUGUUUAAGGGAGCCAUUAAAAAAGGAUCAACUUACCCUACUGAAAUUCAUAAGAAGGAUCUUGGGCCAACAUUUAUAAACCGGAUGCAAGCCCAUCACAGAGUGACAAGAGGAACUGAAACAGUGGUUCGCAAAGGUGGCCUGAAACCAAUUCAAAUAGUGACAGAACGGAGGCAAGGUAACAAGAAAGUGACAAAAUUCUCAGGUUUGGAAUCAUUUCUGAUGGAAGCUGAGGCAUUGGCAUCAGAGCUUCAGAAGAAGUUUGCUUGUAGUACAUCGGUAGCAGAACUGCCAGGUAAGAAGGGAAAUGAAGUUUUGGUUCAAGGGGGUGUGAUUGAUGAUCUCGCAAGGUAUCUAAUUGAACAAUAUGGGAUUCCAAAGAGAUACAUUGAAGUUCUCGACAAAACCAAGAAAUGAGCUUUAAGGUGAUUAGCUGCACCUAUCUGUUGUUUUUUUUACUCACCUCUCUCUCCCCCCCAAAGCAUGUUAGGGUGUGUUUGGAUCGUCGGAUAUAGGUGGAUACCUAUGAGUAGGAUUGGAAAAAAAUCAAUGGGUGCCCAGAUAUCCCACAUUUGGAAUGCUAAAAUUGCGCUGGAAAUCCCAUUCAGGUUGUAUGCUGACCCGGCUUAAAAAGUCAACAUUAACCUGUGUAGUUGGGAUAAAUGAAACCCCCGGGGGGAUAUUUUUUAUCUAGGCUAUAUAUAUCCGGGCAAAAUUAUCAAAAAGUGCCCAGCUCCAGCCAUAUGUAUCUCUCGCCCGUCUUCUGCUCACCGG